GUCAAUUGACGUCAUUUUUAUUGACUUUUUCAUAUUAGUUGACGUUUCAUAAAAAAAGGUUUGUUUGUGUGUCAACAUUCAACAAUCCACAAGAAAUUUAACUAUUUUGAAAAAGAAAAUAUGGGAAAUGUUGAUACAAAAUUGAAUUUUCGCAAGGCAGUGGUCCAGUUAACUUCAAAAUCCGAGCCUGUUGAUCCAAACGACGAUGGCUUUUGGGAACAAUUCUGGUCGGAAAACGUUUCAAACGUUCAGGACAUUUUUACUUUGGUGCCUGCCACAGAGAUAAGACAGUUACGGGAGGAUGCUCCAGCCAAUUUGGCUACUUUAUGUUAUAAGGCUGUGGAAAAGUUGGUUCGAGCUGUUGACAAUAGCUGCAGAACCCAUAGAGAACAGCAGACUGUUUUAAAUUGCACUCGACUACUAACUAGAAUCUUGCCAUACAUUUUCGAGGAUUCUGAAUGGAAAGGGUUCUUUUGGUCAUCAUUACCCAGUAAAAAUGAGGAAGAGGAACAAGAAACCUUACCUCUAGCACAAUCGUUGCUAAAUGCUAUUUGUGAUUUGCUGUUUUGCCCUGACUUUACUGUAGCUGCUGGCAGGAAAAGUGGACCAGAUAAAGCAGAAGAUUUGUCUUUGAUAGACAGUUGUGAAUAUAUUUGGGAGGCUGGAGUUGGAUUUGCCCAUUCGCCACCAAGAAAUCCCAUUUACGAUUCCAAUAGGACUGAGCUACUGAAGCUAUUAAUGACAUGUUUCAGCGAAACUAUGUAUCAACCUCCUGCCGACAUAGCCACUAACCCUAACAAAUGGAUUAUGCAUUUGACUUCAGCAGAAAACCGUCACGCUUUACCAAUGUUCACCUCCCUUCUCAACACUGUUUCCGCUUAUGACCCCGUUGGCUUAGGAGUACCAUAUAACCACCUGAUUUUCAAUGAUUCCAUCGAACCUUUAGUGGAGGCGUCUCUACAAAUUUUAAUUGUUACUCUGGACCACGAUACAAGUUCGUCUACGCCUGCAGAAAGUGAAGACACUACAAUUCCUGAUAAUCUCUUUAUAAAUUAUUUAUCGAGAAUACACAGGGACGAAGAUUUUCAUUUUAUUUUGUGCGGUGUAACAAGGCUUUUGAAUAAUCCUUUAAUGCAAACCUACUUGCCGAAUUCGACAAAAAAAGUUCAUUUUCAUCAAGAAUUGCUGGUGUUUUUUUGGAAAAUGUGUGAUUAUAACAAGAAAUUCCUGUAUUUUGUUUUGAAAAGCAGUGAUGUGCUAGACGUUUUGGUGCCGAUUUUGUAUCAUCUCAAUGAUUCUAGAGCUGAUCAAUCUCGAGUAGGUCUAAUGCACAUAGGCGUUUUCAUUCUGCUCCUUUUAUCCGGCGAACGAAAUUUGGGUGUUCGCCUCAAUAAACCGUACACAGCAACCGUUCCAAUGGAUAUACCAGUAUUUACUGGAACCCAUGCUGACUUAUUGGUCAUUGUUUUUCAUAAAAUAAUUACCACUGGCCAUCAAAGACUUCAGCCGCUUUUUGAUUGCCUUUUAACUAUUCUAGUCAAUGUAUCUCCUUACCUAAAAACUCUGUCAAUGGUAGCAAGUACCAAACUUCUACACCUUCUAGAAGCUUUCAGCACCCCUUGGUUCUUAUUCUCGGCGCCGCAAAACCAUCAUUUGGUAUUCUUCUUGUUGGAAAUCUUCAAUAAUAUAAUCCAGUACCAGUUCGAUGGCAAUUCCAAUUUGGUUUACACCAUUAUCAGGAAACGGCAGGUGUUCCAUAGUUUGGCUAAUUUACCGAGCGAUUAUGGAACAAUAGCCAAAUCCAUAAAUAAAAAAUCAAAAUUUGCCAAGAUCCGCGCCUCGGUUAGUAGCGAAAACGUUUCGGAAAUUGUCAUGGAAGGUUCUCAUCCAGCUCUACCAGCAGAACCAGGGACUUUAAAAGCUACUUUACCAGAUACACCUCAAAUUGGGCAAAUGACAGAGAGAGAAUCUGCGCAUCCUGCUCCGACACCUAACGAACAGCCUUUAACCAAUGGAAUGGCGGCUAUAGCUUUGAAUAGUCCAUCUGCAACAGCUGUUUCAAUUGGAAACGGAUCAGUGGCAGAGGAAAAAAUACAAGAAACAAAAAAUAUUUUACCAGAGAGUCCAGAAGUUUCUAAUUUUUCCAGAUCUGUGAAUACGAGAAAUAGUCUAAGGGUAACAUCAAACGACCACAAUGGCGGCCAAUGGGUACCCACAGGCGAAUGGGUGCAUUCCUGGAAAAGCAAGUUACCGCUACAAACUAUAAUGAGACUUUUACAAGUACUGGUUCCGCAAGUUGAGAAAAUUUGCAUAGAUAAGGGUCUUACUGAUGAAAGCGAAAUUCUCAAAUUUCUGCAACAUGGAACCUUGGUGGGUUUGUUACCAGUGCCACAUCCAAUUCUGAUCCGAAAGUACCAAGCUAAUUCUGGUACAACGACGUGGUUUCGGACUUAUAUGUGGGGAGUGAUUUAUCUUAGGAAUAUGGAUCCACCCAUAUGGUACGACACGGACGUAAAACUUUUCGAAAUCCAGAGAGUUUAAACUAUAAGUAUUUAAACAAACUCCUAUUUUUUUUAGUUCAAAUUUUAUUGCUUUAAGCUGCUUUAACAAUAAGACUAUUUUUUUUUUGUUUAUAAUAUUUUAUUUAUUUAUUUGUCUUUACUAUUUUUCAAACAGUUCAUAUUUGUUACAUGAGCUUAUGUCCGAUUUUACGGUACUUUAUUUAAAAGAUUAUUUUUUUUUUACUUUAUUAGCAAGACUUGUAAAAAAGGCUUGCAUUAUGUCUAAUCUCAUUACCAUUGUCGUCAUGUACUUAAUGCAAAAUAUUGCAUAACUCAAAGCGCAUAUUAUGAAUUUGUUAUCAAAUUUGUUACCUAAUAUCUUGAGAUUUUACAAAACAAAUUGAUUCUAUGUAAGAUUACGCUUAACCCGUGCUUAACCACUCGACUGUUACCAAACCGAAUUCAUAAUUUGAGUCUUUGAAUAAAUUAUUCCAUAAAAGUAAAUGCUUAUUAAUUUUAAAUAAAUAUAAGAUUUAUCUAAAUAUUAGGAAAUAAUUAAUGUUACAUAAAAUAUUUGGCAAAAAUGGUUCGGAAGCAAAAAUCCAUGAACCUCUUUGUCAAUUAUGGAACUUCAUUUUCUAGUGAAGAUUCAUAAAAUGAUCAAAAAAUAUAAAUUAUCCGAAGUUUAAGACUGUGUAUACUAUAUGUCUAUCUGUCAUGAAGAUGAAGAAUCCGUAGCGUAGGUACAUUAAAAAAGCCACCUUGCAUUUUAUAUUUGUCUCAAUAGACACUUAACUGUGCAAUAAUUCAGUUAUAUUCUGCUUGAAAAAAACCUUCAAAAUUUGUUGUUCCAGCAUAGGGUUCAAUUCACGGUCUGCGCCUACGUUUUAGAGUUUUUUCCAUAAAUGGAAGAAAAUUUAACCUAGCAAGACACCCCACUGUGUAAUAUUGUUAUACCACACUUUAGUUAAUCAUCAAUGUAAUGUGUAAAAAAUAAAAUACAAAAUUAUUUCAUCAACGUCAUUUUUAAUUUUCUAAUUCCUUUUUAAUCAGGUCCCAUCGUUUAAAAGAAAUAACCAAUUCAUAAUGCUGAGUAUGCGGAAACAAAUCCACUGCUACUGCUUUAACUGGCACAUAAAAAUCACCAUGCAUGUAUUUCGAUUCGGGGCGUCCCAAAUCGACAAAAUUCUUUGUGGCUAACUUGGGGUUGCACGAAAUGUAAAUCAAACGGUUGAUUUUUUUGAUUUUACGCAGCUGGUGUAUGGCUUUUUGAUCUGGAAUAUUUAUUGUUGGCAAAAAAAUUAUUAUUUUUAAAUUUACUUACGUAAUCCAGCUCUUGGAGGGUCGACUACAGCAAACACGUCCUCGUGUUUGGAAUUGUAGCAAACUGAACCCAAAAUAUCUUCAGCUUUCCCAGUGAAAAAUUCGCUAUUGGUAAUGUUGUUGGCGAUUGCGUUUUCUUUUGCGUCUACUAUUGCUUGAGGGACUAUUUCUAGACCUAAGAUUUGUC